AGAAUGUGGAUUUUUCUAGGGUUAGUACGUCGGAGUGUCUUCAUCAGCCAGCAGGCGGCCAUCUACCUGUAGGAACUCAGCAGCAGCCGAUGAUGCCGUGGGAUCAUGUUGCUGGUUCUGGCUGGCAAGGUGGUCCUGUACACGAGCAUAAUGGAGGUGGAAUUGGAAGCGCUUUCUUUGAGGAUUUUGGUGCAGGUGGAGGUGAUCUCUCUCAACACAUUCUGGAAAACCAAGGAUUUUGGACCAAUCAGCAUGCCUUUCUUCCUCCUCCGCACUUCUUCGACCAUAGAAACUACCAACAUACUAUGCUGGUGCCCCCGGUGCCGCCCGUGC